CAUGAUCUGACUGCAAGAUGAAAAUACAGCAAGACAAACUGCAGUAAUAAUACCAACUCAUUCUCCGAUAGCGUAGUUCAAAGUAAGAUUAUGGCUCAUGGACUGAAGAUAAGAGAUGAAGAAAGUGGUUAUAACAAAAAUCUAUUUUGCAUUCCUAAGCAUUAUGAAGAAGAUCUGGAAAGAGUCUUCAUUCCUCAUGGACUCAUCCUGGACAGGACAGAACGUCUGGCUAGAGAUAUCAUGCAAGAUAUGGGAAGCCAUCACAUUGUUGCACUCUGUGUCCUUAAAGGAGGCUAUAAAUUCUUUGCUGAUUUGCUGGACCAUAUAAAAGCACUAAAUCAAAACGGUGAUACAUCUGUGCCUAUUACUGUGGAUUUUGUUAGAAUAAAAAGCUACUGUAAUGACUCACUUACAGAAAAAAUCAGUAUUGUUGGCGAAGAACUGUCUACACUAAACGGCAAGAAUGUGUUAGUAGUAGAGGAUAUUAUUGAGACCGGUAGAACAAUGAACGCGCUACUUGCAAAACUAAAAGACAAUGAACCAAGGAUGGUAAAAGUUGUCAGCCUGCUCGUUAAAAGGAUGCGUCAAAGUCCAGGUUACAGACCAGACUAUAUAGGCUUUGAAAUUCCAGAUAAAUUUGUAGUUGGAUAUGCUCUUGAUUAUAAUGAAUACUUCAGAGAUCUAAAUCACAUCUGCAUUCUGAAAGAGAAAGCCAAAGAGAAAUAUAGGAUCUGAUAACAUCAGUCUUCUGGAACAACAGUUCAAUGGCACGUACAGCUGUGUCGAUGAACAAUAAGAAGUAAUCUACUUGUGCUCUUUUCACUGAACAACUACAACAAUUUUAUUAAGAUCUUAUCCUAUAGAUUUUUUUUUUCCUAUAAGGAUUAGGUGAAACAGCUUAAAGGUGAACAAGUUCUGCUAGAGAUUCACCAAAACCUGAACAGAACACUGGCCAUAAAAUGGGUAUUAUAUUCUGCUGGAAUCACAGGGGACACAGCCAGCUCAUGUACACGUGUAUGUAAUUAUAUUUGGGGUUUAAUUUACUGUAUGAAGUAACACGUUAUGUGUAUUAUAUAUAAACUGCACUUAUUUUUACAUGUGUGUAUAAAUAUAUAUACAUGAAUACUUUAUGUAACAAGUAAGAUGAAUAAGCAUUUAAAGACUUGAGGUUAAGUCAACUAUACAAAGUGCAUACCACAUGAAAACCACCUUUGGUUCUUUAGUUUAAGGCAAUGAAAAAAAAAAAAAGAAGUAAACAAAGGUAACCAUACUGAAAUUAGUUCUUACACAUUGCAGGUAACUUGAGUGCUGUGCCUUGUUUUUGAGGGAUCGUGAGUUGAUUCUACCAUUGUGGUGUUACCUGCAUUUCAAGAAACACUAAUUACUGGCUCUUAAGACUGGAGAAUAAACCAUUAUACCAGGAAAUUACUUCUGCUACUUGUGUCCUUAAGGAGAUCCAGAACCUAAAUGCCCAGAAACCGCACCAAGCUCGAGGCAAUCUG